AUGGGCAACGGCGGGUCCAAGCCGGAGCAGCACAUAUUUAAUGCAGACGCCCCGGUGCGGUUAAGCCAGUCCGUCAUAAACAACCUCCAGAACAGCCCUGAGACCGACUCAACCCGCGCCCAAGACCUCGAGCUCAAAGUUCAAGACCGCGUCAACUCGGAGCUCAAACGAAUCCGCGACGCCCAAGCCCAAAAACUCGAGUCCCUGACCGCCUCCCUCACCACCAACCCACCCAAAGAAGACUCCCCAUCCGCCGAGCCCCAGCGCGCAACCACCGGCCUCGCCUAUCACCUCAGCUCCCCCUUCUACCACGACUCCACCACCAAACUCGACACCCCCGCCAACACCGACUCCGGCCGCAGCCACGACAGCGUGGAGAAAGAGAUCAUGGAUUUGAGAGCGAAGCUAGACGCGCGCAAGAAGGUGGAGCAGGUGCCAGUGGAAGUGGAGAAGGCGAAGGAGAGUCUCGUGCAGUGUUUACGGACGAAUGAUCGGAGGCCGCUGGAUUGCUGGCAGGAGGUGGAGCAGUUCAAGGUGCAGGUGGGCAAGUUGGAGCAGGCUUUUAUCCAGAAGGCGGGGAGGUAG